CAAGCCAGCUGCAGCGUGGCUGGCCUGCUGGCGGCUGGCGCACCCCCCGGCCUCGACAUCAGCGAGGCGCACCACUGGGAGUUCAGUUACUGGUACGACGUCAAUUCCGAGUUAGACGCUACCGUGGAGACAGCCACCGGGAAGGCUUUCGACACCAGCGAGCACUGCAAUGUAGAGAAAGUGCUCGAGUUACACCCGCAGCUCUCGUUCACGCGGGCCCUCCCGCCCCAAGACCGAGAACUCGCCAUAGCGGAUUUCUUUGCGCUGUGGCCACAGUCGGCGGAUGCCACAGUCAAGACAUCCACGAGCACUACCAUCGUGGACCUGCAGGCCGACGAGGUGCUGGCUGCGCUGGCUCCUGGCGCCCGCCCGCCCACCGCGUACGACGGCCCCUUUCCGAAGGCUGCUGUUGGAGAGGACGCGGGAGCCGUGCCUGCUGCUGCGACGGUAGAUCGCCCUACCAGGAAGUCUGUAGAGGAUGUGGACAUGCACUUAGCCACGUCGCCCGAGGACUCCUCUGAGCAGGCAGGACCGGAAGUCCUAAAGCCGCAGCCGCCGCCGAUCAAGAAGGCCAAGUUCUACAAGGUGGAGAUGACCGAAACGCCUGCGGCCAUGAAAGUCAAGGGGCAGACCUACCUCGAGACGCUGAUG